GACGAGGAGUGGGCGGGGCGUGGAGUGAUGGCUGCCGCUGGCUUGUUAUUGAGGAGAAGCGUGCGAGUUGUGACACAGGCAGGGCGUCUGUACAGUAGUAAGGGCGCCGCCGGGAGGAAAAGGAAACGAGAGGUGAGGGGAGGGUGUGGGGUUGUUUGGAGACAUCGAGAGGAGCUUGAAUCGAAGAGACUGGAAAGAUAAAAGCCUAACAGGAACAGAAUUAUGCGAGAGGGAAUCAGGAAGACGAGCAGAGGCCACAAACGUGACCAUAGCUGGGACCACAGUCAAGACCAGAGCUGGGAUUGCACCCGGCUCCGCACCAAGCAGCGCAGGAGGGGGAGUGAUAAAAUUCCCAUCAAUGUUCAUCAGCUGAUUGAACUGGUGAAACAGAAUCCUGCCCUUUGGGAUCAGACAGACCCAGGACACUCAGACCGGGUAGUCACCCGUCGCAUAUGGGAAUCCAUCUUCCAGACUCUGGUCCCGGACUGGGACGAGUUCUCUCGAAAGGAGAAAGCGCCGUAUGAAAAGCAAAUACAGACAAGAUGGCGAUCCCUCAGGGAUCGUUUCAUGCGGGAGCUGGCAGAGAUGAGAAAGCUUCCCAGUGGUUCUAUGGCCCCUAAAAGGAAAACCUACACAUAUAUGGAACACCUUGAAUUUCUGAGAAAGGCGGCUGAUCAGAGGCAGUCUUCAACCAAUGUGAGGGGGUCUGACUCUGAGUCACUUCCAUAUGAACCAGAGCUUGAAGAGUCUGCCACCACUGCUGCGGAGGAGAGUGAUGUGCCUCUCCCGGGCCCAUCCCAGCCAUCUUUCACAGACCCCCCAUUGGAGACAUUCCACCAUCAGACAGUUUGGGAAACCAGAAGGGGAGGUAAAGCAGCCAGGAAGAGUAGAAGGGAAGUGGCUGACUUUGCAGAUAAUGUCCUCAUGAUGCUAUCCAACAUGCACGAACAACAGGUCUCUUACAGUGAAGAACAGAAGGACCAGAUGUGGCAAAUAGAGCAGAGACAACAGUGGGAUAAUGAGGAUGGCGAUCUGCUGUUCCUCAAGAGCCUCCUCCCCUCUCUCAGAGAAAUGUCACCUCGGUGGAAGGCAGAAUGUAAGGCGGCCUUGAUGACAGUGAUGGCCAGAUUUACAACAUCAACUUCCACCAGUACUGCAUCAUUUUAUAACCGUUCUGUAGUGACCCCCAGUCCUGCCCACACUUCCACAUUCAGCUCUACGCCAGAAAAUAAAACCGAGAAGAUCCCAAAGAUCUACACGAAAACAGGCGAUAAAGGCUUCUCAAGUACAUACACAGGAGAGCGGAGACCUAAAGAUAACAUUGUGUUUGAAGCAUUGGGAACUACCGAUGAGCUGACCUCUGCUAUAGGGCUGGCCAGAGAAUUUUGUGUAGAUGCAAAUCUCCAAUGUGUCGCAGAACUUGAGAAGAUACAGUGCAUGCUGCAAGAUAUUGGCUCAAAUAUUGCAACACCACUAUCAUCAGCCAGAGAAAGCCAUAAAGUGAAUACAUCAUUUAAUGAGGAUCCUAUCCAGGAGCUGGAGCAAUGGAUUGAUAAGUACACUGUUCAGCUUCCUCCACUGACCAGCUUUAUUCUGCCUUCUGGAGGAAAGGCCAGUGCAUCUCUACAUGUGGCCCGAGCAGUGUGUCGGAGAGCAGAGAGAGUAACUUUCAAGCUACUGCAAACAGGGGAAGUGGAUUCAAAUGUUGGAAAAUACUUGAACAGAUUAAGCGAUUACCUUUUUACAUUGGCAAGAUAUGCAGCAAAGACAGAAGGCCGGUCUGAGACAGUGUACACUCGAAUGUACCCAUGAGAGAUUUAUAAUUAUGCCAUGGACAGUGGAUCAAGCUUGGAGUGAGGAGACCAUACAUAGUUCAUGGGUACAGAUCAGGUUACACAAGGCAACUUUAAGAAUAUUUUUCUCUUUGAAGUAUAGGACGUUCAGACUUAGGCCUCCUGCACACGAACGUGUGCGCCCCGUGGCCAUGCUGC